UUUAGGUAAUGGUGUGAAUGUGGAUGAAGUCGGUAGUGGAGAAAGAACUGCCCUUCGUGGAGCUGCGUGGGCUGGUCACCGCGACAUCGUCGAGCGAUUACUGAAAGCCUCAGCCAGUGUUGAUCGUAAGGACUCCGAAUCUCGGACUGCACUGAUGGCAGCAGCAUUCAUGGACCACUUUGAGAUUGUUGAACUGUUGUUGAAUCAUGGCGCUAAGAUCUCGUUUGACUACUGCCUGCUUGCAGCAUGCCGUAUGCAGAUUUUUGAGCAAGAAUAUAUGAAAUGGGAGUAA